AUGGCCAGUCAAACACAGGGCAUCCAGCAGUUGCUGGUGGCCGAGAAAAGGGCAGCCGAAAAAGUGGCAGAAGCCAGAAAACGCAAAACUCGCCGAAUCAAGCAAGCUAGAGAAGAAGCAGCAGCGGAAGUGGAAUUAUACCGGAAUGAGAGAGAGAGGCAGUUCAGGGAGUAUGAGGCAAAGUACAUGGGUUCGGCAUCAGAUGUCGCUGCCAAAAUUGACAAAAAUACACAGAAAAAUAUGGAAGAGAUGGACUUGAACGAAGUAUGGAUAGUGGUCGUGGUCCAAAAAUCACAACCAGCUAACCACACUGCCACCGUGUACAUCGGUACAAUAACAGCUGUGGACGAUGGGAUCCAAAUCUGGAACGCUAGCUGGCUGAACCUAGGAAAAAUUGAAACAUAA